UAAUAUACUCAUCAAGAAAUUUCGACGGCCCGGUCCGCCUCCAACAAGCAGCUGAUCAUGAAUCAUUCAAUUUUCCCGGUCCCUCUAGUUCGUAUAAAAUCUAACACUGGAUGAUGCUAGCUUUUCGUUCCACUACCUUACGGUCAUACAGCGCCAGCCCCAUGUUGCAAUCUCAUCUUUGUGUUUUUUGGCCUGUCUUCAUGUUAGUAUGACUCUUGCUCUGACAUUGGACUCCAUAAACCCAAUUCUACCUGGUUGGAACCCCGACCCCACCAUUCUGCGCGUUGGGUCCGAUUACUUCAUCGCUACAUCCACAUUUGAGUAUUUCCCUGGACAUCCGAUAUAUCAUAGCACGAAUCUGGUGGACUGGGAGUUGAUUGGGCAUGCAUUGAAUAAACCUUCUCAGCUGAGUCUGUUUGGAACGCCGUCGGAUGCUGGCGCAUGGGCUCCAGGACUCCGAUAUCACAACGGCACAUUCUACUUGACGUCUACAGUUCGAUACGUGUAUACUUAUGAACUGAGAUUAUUCCCUCGUUCCUUCUUUGUCACCACCACAGACAUAUUUUCAAACGAAUGGAGCGACCCGGUUUAUUUCGAUGCCCUUGGAUAUGAUGCGGAUUUAUUCUGGGACAUCAAUGGAGACGUUUACAACACCUGGUCGGGGAUUAAUAAUGCCAUUGAUAAAAUCUACGGAAUCUACCAAAACAAAAUCGAUAUCACCACCGGCAACUCUCUCACUCCCGCUGAACUCAUCUUCACUGGAACCCUUCCAGACAAUUCCUCUGCCCGACCUGAAGGACCUCAUAUCUAUCUCAUCAACUCGACUUAUUAUUUGUUGAUUGCUGAAGGCGGCUCAGGUCCCGCCCAUCAGUCGACUAUCCAACGAGGUCCCUCGCCCUCCGGUCCUUGGGAAAACAACCCGGCCAAUCCUAUUUUGUUCAACGGCGCUAACUUGUCCCUUCCUGUACAAUACACCGGACAUGCAGAUAUCGUACAAGCUCCUAGUGGAGAGUGGUGGGGUGUUGCAUUGGGUGUGCGGCCCCAAACCGAAGGGGAUUUCGAUCAUAUCCAGCUGGGAAGAGAAACGUUCCUGUUUCCAGUCACUUUCGAUUCAGAUGGAUGGCCGGUGUUCAAUCACGGGUUGCCUCUGAGUACCGAAAUAACAGGGGUGGAACUACCCGACAAAGCCCAUCUCUCAACUUUUUAUGACGACUUUUCCUCUUCCUCUUCCUCAAUCUUCGACAAUUCAUACUACUUCCUCCGUACCCCUUACAAACCCUUUCACUCCCUCACCACCCGACCAGGUUUCCUCCGUCUCCUCGGCAACGCCUACGCACUCGGGGAUCGAGAUUCCCCUGCAUUGAUCCUGCGGAAGCAGACGAGCUAUGCAGAGAGGUUUGAGACCGUAUUGGAUUUCAUGCCAAAUAGCAAUCUGACUGAGGCAGGAGCGACGGUGUUUUAUGGGGAUUUCGCACAUAAUGAUAUCGGAGUGAUGGGUGGUGCGAACGGGGGUGGGGAGAGGUUUAUUGUGACAAGACUUAUUCGUCCGGCCGAGCAGGUCGGGCCGUGGGCGUUGACUACGACAAAUAGUACUGUAACAACGAUCACCUACACCCCACUAUCAACGAAAUCCGAUCCAGUGAAGCUGGUCAUUGUAGGAAACUCGACAUCAUAUAGUCUAGGAUUUUCAGAAGGUACAUACACGGACUUGGACGCGGUGGAGAUCACGUAUACUGCUACGUUUGAUAGCGUGUCUAUGUCGGUUAUGCCAGUAAACGAUUUCUUCUUCAAGGGUGCCUCGUUCGGGGUGUAUAAUACGGGUAAUGGGAGACCGAGCUUAACUCCUGCGGAUUUCAAGUAUUGGAAGCAGGUUCCAGGGGGUUAGGUUGACUUGGAGAAGGUGGAGGUGGAGGUGGAGAAGGGGGAUUCUUUCGCAUCAGUGAGACAUGCACAAAAAUAUAUACUACAUACAUACCUAG